UAGCGAGUUAACGCAGAUAAAAGUGGACGUGACGCUGUUGGCGGACGGGGCGGUGGGCGGUGAAGACGGUUGAUUGAUGAUUAGAUUUACGGUGUGGAUCACGGCGGGGAGAGAGGAUGACUCACUCUCCGUCUGAUGUGAUGUUCACCCCGCAACAGCUCGGCAGUGCGGUGGCACGCCGGUAGCUCGGCCUGACAUAUCGACGUGUGCGUGUGUGUGAGUGAGUGAGUGUGCUCCACCAGUAAUAAUAAUACUAAUAAUAAAAAGUCCAACUUUAUCAAACAGUUGAGAUGCUCGUUUACUGCAAACUUGACCGGCUGUCACGCGGCAGUUAGGGAGAGAGAGCGAGCGUCGUGAUUUACCGUAAAUUUCGUGACGCCUGAUUGCCAUGGAAACAGUGCUCGUGUGCUGCUGAGAGGGAACUGUCCGCGUUAACUUCAGCAUCAACCUCUCAGAUAAAAACCUGUUGGAUAUCUCAGUAUUCUCCCCCCCCUUUUUUUCUUUUCCUCGUGUUGCGGCUCUGGCCUCACUUUUCAUUGAAUUCGGCCACAGAACAGGUGAGGAUGAUGGAGCUUCAAGCGGAGAAGAGGUUCCACAACUUGACCCUCGAGCAAAUCCAAGCUCUUGACAAGGUCUUGACUGAGGUGAUCCCCAUCCACGGCCGAGGGAAUUUUCCAACACUGCAGGUGAGAGCGAAAGACAUCAUUCGCGUGGUGAAGGAUCGGCUGAUCGAAAGAGACAUCCAGGUGAAAGAUAUACGGCUGAAUGGUGCAACUGCCAGCCACGUCCUGGUGAAGGAUAACGGCCUCGGAUACAGAGACCUGGACAUCAUUUUUGGAGUGGAGCUGCCGAGACAGGAGGACCUCCAGGUGAUUAAGGAGGUGGUGCUCGGCAGCCUACGAGACCUCCUCCCUUGUGGAGUGAACAGACGAAAAAUCACCUGCCUGACGAUGAAAGAGGCCUAUGUGCAAAAGAUGGUGAAAGUUUUCAAUGAGCACGACAGAUGGAGCCUCAUCUCUCUUUCUAACAACAGAGCGAAAACCGUGGGGCUCCGAUUUGUGAGCUCGCUUCGGAGACAGUUUGAGUUCAGCGUGGAUUCCUUCCAGAUCAUAUUAGAUCGUAUGCUGGAGUCUUACUGGGAGACCGAAAGGAAACAAGGAGGAAAGUUGGCUUUGAAUGCUGGGAAUGUGUCAAAAAGAGACAAUGAGGAUGAAAACAAAGAGCAAGGCCAAGCAAGUACUCCCCUGGAUGUAGAAGCGGAUAUUAAAAAAGAUUCGGCAAUGGCAACUGGCGGAGAAAGUCAAAGCCAGGAUCAAGCAAUUUCUGUGCCAGAGAAAGAUCUUCCGCAUGCAGAGGUUGAGCAUGUAGAUGGAAAGCAUGAGGCACAAGAGGCGUUAGAAGCUGAGGGAGUUGACUUACAGGGAGAGGAAGUGGAUGACAUAGAGGAUGUUCAUUCAGAGGAGGACAUUGUGUUUGAGCUAUGUGAGGAAAAUAGUGAAGCAAAAGGACCGUUCCAUGCUGAUUAUCCUUUAGUUUCAUCCCCUAAAACUUUAUUUACAGACGUCAGGGAUACGCUGACGACACACGCAUGUUUAAAGCUUCAGAGCAACGAAGAUCUCUCUGGAUCACAGGCUUCCCAGCCAGCGCCUGUGACGCUUACACAAAAGUCAGCUCCGCAAGAGAAAGAACAUUGUGAGGAAAUGACUCCGUUCAAAGUAGACUCUGUAAUCUGUAGGACUGAAAACGCCCCAACCCUGCAAGAUUCACGUCUGGAGUUUUCCUUUCCUCCUCCAGCUAAGAAAACGUGCAGCACAUCACAGGACAUUGUACCAGAUUAUUGCCCCUCACCGAAAUUACAAAGAAAGUUGUCACGAAAGAUGAUCACUAAACCUGAGAAAUGGUCUUUACUGACUGAUUUAUCGGAUCUUACAACACAGCUGUUUCCACCCAUAGAAAUCCCUAAACCGCUUCAGCGAAAGUCUUCUUUACAUGACGGCGCUCAAGGUAUACACUCAAACGCUCCGGCCUCAAAGCCGGAGACCUUAGACACCCUUACAGUUCCCACAUUCAGUCCAGCCAGUACACCUCAGGAGGGGACUGGCUUGAAUGAGACUGAAGAACAAAGUGUAAAGCCGAAACACUCAAAGAAGCCGCCUGAUUCAGAUGCUAAAAGCGACACAUGUGGCACAAAUGCAGCCUCACAGCCUCAGAUCAGUGAGCACCCAACACCCCAGCUGGCAGACGCUGUCCCGAAAAGCUUUGGAGCGAGCUCCUGGGCAGGGGUGACACAGCAGCCCACCAUCACUGUCGAAGCAGAGUGCAUGUACGGAGACUUUGAACAGGCGCUGGACCACCUCCGGCGACGCCUCAUCGCCACCCACAACCCAGAGGAGAUCCGAGGAGGCGGCCUGCUGAAAUACAGCGACCUGCUGGUGAGGAACUUCAGACCGGCCAGCGAGACGGAGAUCAAGUCCUUGGAGCGAUACAUGUGCUCCCGCUUCUUCAUUGACUUCCCCGACGUGAGCGAGCAGCAGCGAAAGAUUGAGGCCUACCUGCAGUGCCAUUUCAUCGGCAACGAGGAGGCGAGCAAGUACGACUACCUGAUGACCCUGCGGCGCGUGAUAGAUGAAAGCACGGUGUGUUUGAUGGGACACGAGAGGAGACAGACGCUCAACAUGAUCACAGUCCUGGCUCUGAGGGUGCUGGGCGAGCAAAACGCCAUCCCCAACACGGCCAACGUCACCUGUUUCUACCAGCCGGCUCCAUACAUGUCAGAGCCAAUUUACAGCAGCUACUUCAUCACCCAGGCCCAGCCCCCGCUCGUCUACCACCCCUACCCUCUACAUGUCCACAUGCAGACUGGCCUGGUGUAGCUCCAGUGACAUGCCCACAGGGAGGCAUGUAGGCUGCUUUCAGCAUGGUGCUCUGCACACAGAGGCACAAAUGGAAGUUUUAACAACAACACAGUGUUGUUUAAUGCUUUGAGAUCCCUCCUGCUUAUGACAUGAAAGACGAUGAAAGGUCAGAACUGAAAAGGGGUCUGGAGGCAAAGCAUGUCACCCUUUCCAGAUGAACACUUUUGAAAAGGAAAGAAAAUGCUAAGAGCCCACUUUUCAGAGAGCUGGUCGAGAGGAUUUCAUGGAAGUGGAGGGACUUUGUUUGGGGCUGUUUGAGCUACAGUUCAGGCAGGGCUCUACAGAGGUCACCCGCCACUGUCAAGGAGAACGUUGAAGUCUGAAAAUUCUCUAUGGCUAGAAGAUUAAUUUCUUUAACAUAUAAAAACAUAAUCUAUGAAACACUAAAAUCUUGAUUUGGUUAAAGUUUCUAUAUAAGUAAAUCCUUACUGUUUCAGAGGGGUUAAAACCCCAUAUAGGUGUGUUGUGAGUCAUUAGUCAGUGUGGAGUAAAUUUCAGCCCAUGACUGUCCCUGUGUAUUUACUGUAUAGAUAUAGGAUACAUUUCACCGAGGGUCUACAUUAGAUACAAGUUAGUGUGGUAUUUCCAUGAUAUUGUAAGUUCUGUAUUUGUGACCGUAAACACCUACAUUUAAAGGAAGAGAGAGAGACAAGAGUGCAAGUUACUUUAGGGACUGUGAGAACAUUAUUUGUGUGGUCGUCCCCUCACCACACAAAUAAUUAUCUCACUGUCAAGUAACUGAAGCGUGGAUGUUUUUGGAACCUUGUGUUUUUGGGGUGAAAAAAGAAGAACAUCUCCUACUAAUGAAAAAAAAAAGCAAUUCUAUUAAAGUUAAGUUUGGAAACACAUCUUUAUUUAUUGUUUAAUAAGAGUUUAACACUGUACAACUCAGCUGAUGUGUUUCAUCAGGACUGUGAGGACGGUAUGGUUUGAUCAGAUUUAUACAACAUCCUAAUUCAUGUUGCUCCAGGACAAUCGUGGCUACUGACAAAAAAAGAGACCACAUAGCAGUAAUGGUGGUUGACUGGGUGAGGCACCGGACUUUCACCCAGGCGACUGGGGUCUUGGUCCUGCUUGCAGUGUAUUGUUACAUUGCUGACUUGUUGUUUUUAGCCCUGAAUCCUGGUGACUGGAAUUAGUUUUACUUGGUAAAAAUUAUCAAGUAAAAAAGUCGCUGCAAAUCACCCACCAUAUUUCACCAAACACAGAAGACUAACUUCUCCCGUGUGUAUUUAUUCAGUCUUUUCCUGAGUUUGCAAAAAUGUGAUUGGUCCUGGUCCUGGAGCAGUGUUAAUUAUGAUGUUGUAAGGAACAACUCCAACACACAGCGAUAAGAGAUUGCGAAUGAAAUCACCACAAGCUUGAAAUCUUGCUCGAACAGAAAGAUUUAUGUUCUUGUGGGACUUGUUGGGACUGCACACAUAAUGAAACGCUGAUUAAGACAAUUAUUUCAGGGCCUUUAAUGUUUUCUUUAACAAUUAAAAGUGUACUUAUGUAACUUUGAAUUACACUUCAAAGGAAAGUUGAAGAAUAUAAAAGCAGAAUGAGGGGGAAAAAAGACCCCUCACCCUUUCCUGACCCCCCCCCAAUAAUUUUCCUACAGCCCCUCAGAAUAUUAAACCAAUAAUUGUGACCAAUGAAGUGGCCCUAUCUCAUCUGUUUUCUUAUUCCAUGCCACAGAAGCAGCACACAGAUAAAGAAAGCCUUGGCUGUUUUUAAUUUAGGAGAAACUUAUAUAGUUACAUAUGGAUUGAACUGCUGAAAAUGCAUCAGGCACGUCGACUUCUGUUUUCUCAUUUCAGUCCUCAACAGGCUGUGUGUAUUAUAUGGUGACAGUCGUUUGUUGUAGUGGACAUAGUGAAUGUCACUUUUUUAAAUUAUUAAAGUAGUCUGCCAGCCGUUAUUGCACUCUGUCCCUGUGCGUUUGUUCAUUGUGUAUGUAUGCAUAGCUACAGUAUGUACUCCGUAUUACAUUUAAAAAAAAAAGAUGAUUAAAGCACAGGUUAGGACGUGUGGGCUAAAUCUGAGACUGAAGCACAAUGUAAAUGCACAUAGUUGUUGUUGAGUAUUAAAGGUGUUUCUGACAUGCUCGUGAAUCUCUGAACUAAAUAUUGAAGAUUAAAAUACUGUGUGCAGUAGUGCCCUGUGUAGCUGUAAAGUGAUGUAUCUAUCUUAUGGGUAUGUUGUGUGUCGUUAAGGAACUAUUUCACCGGUAGAGAAGUUAAAAUAUUCCUGUUAUGAUGUCUAGAUGCUCAGAUUGUUGUGUUAUUGUGGUAAUAAAUAUAACACAACCACUCUC